AUGUCUGCAACAGGACCUGGUCACGUCCUCAACGCUUCUGCCCCAGCUCCAGAUCAGAAAAGUGCUCCUAUCACCUCCCUACAACUCUAUCGCCGGCUUUUCCAGGGGCGCAAACACCUGUUUGCCCCCUCUGACAUAUCAUCGGCCCAUUACUUCAUCGAGAACCCCGUCCCUCAUAAACAUCAUGGCUCCUGGAAACCAAUCUUUCACCGAGGAGAUAACCCGAAGUACUCUCCUACAACAACAGUGAUUGGGCGUGCCCGCCGGACAGCCAUGUGGAGCUCGUUCCGUCUGUGGUUGGGCGAUGGUGUACGAGAGGUGUUGGAGAACGAGAAGCGUGCGAAAACCAAAAAAAAAGCGGCCAGGAAAGCUAAGUGCAGGAAUAUAUUUGGCUUAAAGCCGAAACCGCCGAAAGAGCCACUGGAAGAAGAGCAGCAAGUCCUUGGAAAGGUUGUGCUUGUUGAGAUGCGCAGAAAAGGGCUAUUCACUCGCAAGUUUGAAUGGGAGGUGGAUGGGGUGCAGUACCGAUGGUCCGGAACGAGGAUGUUCGCAACUGGACCGAUGAAAGGUGUAAAGGGGUGGACCCACGACUUGAAGCUGGUUCGAAAAUCCGAUAAUGCUCUUAUUGCGACUUUUGAAAAAGGUCGUUGGGCCUCAUAUUCCAAAUCAAUAAGAUCUGGAGGUCCUCCGAACAAAAAGAAGCAGCUGAUUGGCAAACUCCAAGUGAAUAUUCCAUCAGGCACAACUUCAAAUAUCACUGUACCUCUCAACGGACCAAAUCACUCUGCAUUGUCUAAUAUCACAAGCCGAAUUGAUGAUGUCAUCACCGGGACACAUAAGACGGACGACCGAGAGCUGAACAUCCAUGGAUCCCAUGCUGGCAACCUCACGGUGGACGCGAUUGCACUGACAUGCUGGACUGUCGUGGAGGCCGAACAUCGACUUCGAUAUAAAAUUCUGGAUAUUCUUGAAGAGAUUGGGGAGAGUGCUGGAGGUUGA